AUGCCUGCCGACUUUGACCAGCAAGCAUACUGGCAUCGCCGCUUCUCCACCGAAUCCUCAUUCGAAUGGCUCCUCAGCUCCAACGACUUCAUCGCCAUCCUAAACCCCCUUCUCAACACUCUCGACCGCACAUCAACCCGGAUCCUCAACAUUGGUUGCGGAACAAGUGAUUUGCACAACCACUUCCGCCGUCUCGGCUUCUCAGACGUGACAAACAUCGAUUACGAGCCUCUGGCCCUCGAAAGAGGGCAACAACUCGAGCGGCAGGCCUUUGGCGAUGUGAGGAUGAAGUAUGCAGUCGCAGACGCCACAAAAUCCUUGGUCCUCAAUCCGUCAUCAUCAAACCAAAACGACUCAUCAGAAACUCGUAACGAAAAGUUCAAUCUUGUGGUUGAUAAGAGCACCGUAGACGCAAUUUCUUGUGGUGGAGAAGAGCAGGUCCGUCGGAUGGCGCAUUGCGUGAGGGAGUGUCUUGCGGAUGAUGAUGAUGACGCGGUUUGGGUGUCGUUGAGUUAUUCUGCGGCGAGGUUCGAGCUUGAGGGAUUGCCGUUUGAUGUUGAGGUUUUGGAAAGGGUGUUGACGGCGAAGAGGGCGGUGGCGGAUCCGGAUAUAUAUCACUGGUGUUAUUUGUUGCGGCCAAGGUAG